UGGUGGCAUGUCGUUUUUAAGCGUUUCGAGUGCUCAAAAGACUAGAAAAAGCACUGUACGUAUCAUUUAGCUUCCUCUUUCUCUCUCUUGAACAUAUAAUUAUAACCAAGCAUUUGCCUUAAAUGCUUCUGAGCAAGGAAGUGCCUUUAAAGUUUUGAUCUGCGGGUUAACGGGCCUGACCUUAAGACAACUACAAGUGCAUUUGCUUCGAGAUUCACCAUCUGACGACCACGAAUGUCGGUUCUCAGUUCAGCAAAGCUUGCAAACUAUGAUCCUGUGUUGUCAUUGUUGAUUUUGAAGAAGUUCAUACAAAUAUUGCCUCAAUGUUUAGGCCUAAAUCCCCCAGUUUUUUCCAACUGUGCUGCUCUUCUGCUUGCCAAAACUUGGAGGAGGAGGAAGUGAGUGUGCUUAGCUGAUGUCACAUUUUCACAUCUUGGGAUGUGGUGUGGUUUCUUUUUACCAGAAUGUGCCAGUGCAAAUGAGACAGUGGGUGAGAGGCAGUUUCAUCAGCCCUACGUCCGUUUUUUUUCCUGCACGCCGCUCUUCAACUUCCUUAUUUUGCUUGUCAGCGUCGUUUCCUCUUUUGCACACUGACUGCCUUCCUCCUUCCUCUGUGGCACCGCUUCGUUCCAUUCGGCCCCGUCAAAACCUGCCGAAGAAGGGAGACGAAAUCUGCGCUUCACGGAGCACCAUGAAUGCAGUCUGUGGUCUUCACCUUCAGGGGGGGGGCAAAGCAAACCAGACGUUCCCGGUGCUGAGCUGAGCUGCGGAGCUCGUGCAAGGCCCGGCGAGCGCGGACGGAUCGCGGCAGAAGCAGAACCCUUUGCUCAGAUCUCCAUGCUCUUUGAAACCCAACAGCAUCACCGUUGAUUUGUGUGAUGUCUGGAGACAGCUGCACCCUGCAGUGGAGGAGCAUGUCUCCCACCAGCCCUCCAGAUUCCUCAGAAACGUCUCCCCCGGCGACCGUCGCCAGGGAAAGCAUCUUCCCGGUGAAGAUCAUCAAAGUGUGUUUCCUUAGCAACAACUGCAACUUGGGGAAGAACUUCAAGCUGGUUCGCUGUGAGGAAGGAUGGACUGUCAAGGACAUCAUCAGCGUGGUGCUGUCCAGCGGCUGCGUGGGUCCAGAUAUCACACACAGACUGUGCUACUGCUUGCUGCUCAAACACCUCAAGUCCUCAGACGUGCACUGGCUUCACCCGGACCUGACCGUGGCCGAGCUCACCCGGCGGUACGAGCAGCAGCACCUGGAGGCCGAGUGGAGGUACGAUCUGAGGAUCAGAUACAUCCCGUCGGACUUCAUGGAGAAAUUCAAAGACGACAGAACCACAAUGCUCUACUUUUAUAAGCAGGUACGAAGUGACUACAUGCAGCAGUACGCCUCAAAGGUCAGCGAUGGGAUGGCUCUACAGCUCGGUUGUCUGGAAAUUAGGAGAUUCUACAAAGACAUGAAUCCCAACGGCCUGGAGAAGAAGUCCAACUUUGAACUAUUGGAGAAGGACGUGGGCCUGGACAUCUUCUUCCCCAGAGAGCUGACCAACAGCAUGAAGCCCAAACAGCUACGUCGGCUGAUCCAGCAGACGUUCCAGGGCUACUCCACCCUGAAGCAGGACGAGUGCAUGACCAGGUUCUUCACCACUCUGGCUCAGUGCUACAGCUUCACGCAGGAGCGCUUCGGCUGCAGGCUGGUGCACGGGUGGAAUCUGACGAUAGACCUGGUCAUCGGCCCCGAGGGCAUCAGUCAGCAAACCGAGAACUCCACGCCCAUCCGUUUGGCCACGUUCUCUCAGGUGCGCAGCAUCUCCUGCUCUGCUGAGAGCGACGGCCAGGCUCUCCUCACCGUGCACAUCGAGGGAGCCAAACAGCCACUGUCUGUGAACACCUCCUCUCUGGCCGUGGCAGAAAACAUGGCCGACCUGAUCGACGGCUACUGCCGGCUGGAGGGCGCCUCCGAGAGCUCGCUCAUUGUCCGGCCCGGCAAAGGGAGAGAUGCCAGAGUGAAAUUACCAGACAUCCCCCAAAGGUCACAGGCUGAUGGAAAUGCUGCUACGAAGGCCAGCUUUAAAGAAGUCUCCCCCAGUGGUGAUGCCAGUAGACGUUAUGGAGGCCAGAGUUCUGACAUUUAUGCUGAGAUUUCAGAGGGCAGAGAAGACUCCUCUGAGAAGCACAAGAUCUCCAGGCAGCAGGUGGCCGUGGGGCGGAUCCUGGGCGAGGGCUUCUUCGGAGAGGUUCAGGACGGAGUUUACACAAGCCCCGCCGGAGAGAGGAUCUGCGUGGCCAUCAAAACCUGUAAGGACUUUUCGGCAGAAGUGAAAGAGAAGUUUCUCAGUGAAGCCGACCUGAUGAAGAAUCUGGACCAUCCCCACAUUGUGCGUCUGAUUGGCGUCAUCGAGGACGACCCCGUCUGGAUCGUCAUGGAGCUCCUGGAACACGGAGAGCUGGGGGGCUACCUGCUACAGGAGCAGCACACGCUGACCACUGCGACGUUGACACUGUACUGCCUGCAAAUCUGCAAAGCCUUGGCGUACCUGGAGGGCCUCAAUAUGGUGCACCGGGACAUCGCCGUGAGAAAUGUGUUGGUGGCGUCUCCUGCGUGCGUCAAGCUCGGCGACUUCGGCCUGUCUCGCUAUAUAGACGAACAAGAGUACUAUAAAGCCUCGGUGAGCCGGCUACCGAUCAAAUGGAUGGCCCCCGAGUCCAUCAACUUCAGACGCUUCACCACCGCCAGUGACGUCUGGAUGUUUGGCGUCUGCGCGUGGGAGAUCUUCUCGGUGGCCCAGCAGCCGUUCUUCUGGCUGGAGAACGGGCAGGUGAUUGACCAGCUGGAGUUGGGGAUCCGACUCCCGAAGCCCCAGCAAUGCCCGCCCACCGUGUACUCGCUGCUCAGCCGCUGCUGGGCCUACGAGCCGCGCAGCCGGCCCAGGUUCAGCCAGCUCGUCUGCUCCAUGAGUGACUCGCACAGGAUGGAGCAGGAGAACGAUGCGAGGCAGAGCCGACCGGCGUCCGUGGCAACAGAGCACGGCGCGGGCCCUCCGCCCAAGCCGUCCAGAAUACACGGCAGUACCCUUCCUCGGGCCGUACACUCACAGGGAACAGAAGGGGACCCCAGGCCGGCGUGGCAGAAAGAGAGAGAGCGCGUGGAGAACACUUUGCAAAGACAAAAAAGAGAGAUGCUGAUGGACAAACAGUGGCUGGAGCAGGAGGAGAGACAACUGGAUCCUGUUGCGAGGCUGGAUUCUCAGGCUCCUGAAAAAAGUCCUGCAAUUGAUCCUCCAGAAAAGCCGCCGAAGCCUCCCCCAGCCACGCAGCCUCAGCCCACCGCUGAGCUGGACCGGUCGGGUGACCAGGUUUACACGGGCGUCAUGGCGAUGGUGAAGCAGGUGGUCAAGCUGAAGAAUGACGUCAACACGCGGCCACCCUCCGAGUACCCCAACUGUGUCCAAGAGGUGGGAUUGACCCUUCGGAGCCUGAUCCAAAGCGUGGAUGAGAUCCUGCCCUCCCUGCACAGUUCCGUCUUAACAGAGAUCGAGGGCACCAAGAAGCUGCUGAACAAGGAUCUAGGGGAGCUGAUCAUGAAGAUGCGACUGGCCCAGCAGAACUCGGUGACCUCGCUGAGGGAGGAGUGUCAGCGGCAGAUGUUGGCGGCCGCUCACACGCUGGCGCUGGACUCCAAAAACCUGCUGGACGCCGUGGACCAGGCCCGGGUCAGGGCCAACCUGGCCAGGCCCAGACCCGCAAGCGCAGAAGAGCCCGGAGAGUGAGGGGCGGACUGGAGGUUUGAGGUUGAAGCGCGACAGCAUGAGUUUGUGUGCGUUUGUAUUUUCACUGGGAAAUACAAUCAGGUUAAACUGGGAAAUUCUUGAAGUUGAACAAAAUACACAACUAUAAUGUAUAAAAGCAAUAAAGUUUCACUGUUGUUAUCUUCCAAUACUUUUUACUAUUAAAGACGUG